AUGAUAUCUCUCAGGAAAACUUCAGAAAUGUCCAGUCAGUGCCCAAAUGCCAACAAACUGAUAGAAUGUAACUCUUACGUGGAUGAUUUACUGACAAGUGUUGUUGAUCACGGUGAAGCCCACCGUCUAAUGGAGGAAGUUGAGCUUGUGCUUAACAUGGGAGGAUUUGAAAUCAAGGGAUGGACAGUGUCAGAGAUAGUGAGAGGCCAGAUUCAAAAGGAGUCUUUUAGAUUUGACGCUUAUGUGGGAAACAGAAUAACAGACAUACAAGAGAAAAGCCAACCUAGCGAGUGGCACUGGGUCAGCACUGAUAACAAUGUUGCAGAUUUGUUCAGCAUUGUGGUGUUGAAAUACCAGAUGUACUACGUCAGGGAGGGAAAGAGUUCAUGUGCUGUAGCUGAAGUGAAUGUAGUUCCAAAUAUUGACAAGUUCAGUGAUUAUGAUAAACUUAUCAGUGCGGUGGUUGAUGUUUUUAUGGUAUCUGAAGGCUGUGGGGCUGUGUCAGAGGCUGUGUCAGGGACUGUGGAGGGAUAUUAUCUAACCUCACAGUCCUUAUAUAUCCAUCACAGACCUCUCAGAAUCCAACUCUCAGCCCACAGCCCACAGCCCACACUCAUCCCAGCAUCCCUACCUUCCUUCAUAUCCAGUUUCCGGCCGCCGGAUCGCCCGCCUGGGGAGACACACCACACGACACCGCCACUGCCACUCCCGCUCACCGGCUCAUGGACGCACCGCUCACUCCUGCAGAAGGAACGCGCGAACUUGACUCCUGAGGGCGACGCUAAAGGGAAUUACUUACUAGCCCUCCAGUUUGUGACCAUGGCGCUGCUCUCCUCCUCCGGGAAGUGUGGGGAGAGUGGGGGAGGGUCGCCGCCCCCCGUGCGAGUCCUUGGAAGUGGCGGGGGCGGCGGAAACACGGAUCCCCUGCUGUCUCCUGCCCUGUACUGCCCUGUCCUGCCCCCCUGGCACCUCGCCCUCCUCACCCACCACGCCCUGCACGCCCGAGGACUGUCAGCUGGGGCCCCGGGUGCUUACCUCCCUCUCCCCCCUGUUCUGGCCUCCAUGCCCCACCCCCAGGGCCUCCACCACCACAGGGCCGCCCAGGGACUCACCGGCGCUGGUCUUCUUCAGAGCCCUAUGGACACCCUACACGCAGGCCUUGGCAGACGUGACCUCUCUUCCCCAACCAAGCACACACUGACGCCUCCGCCACUGCCCGCCCGCCGCCUCGCACAGCCACGCCGCAGCUUUACCAUCGCGGAUUUGCUUGGAGGCGGCGACGAUCUACAGGAGGACACGAGAGGCGCCUCCUCCUCGACCUCACCCCCAGCAGGAGGCCACGACGCGUCCCUCAUGCAGACGGAGAGUGUGGGAGGGUUGUAUGAUGACUCGCACGACCCGCCUUCGUCAGUGCAUCAGCAGGGGGAGUUUCCUGCUGCGUCAGAUCCAGGGAGUCGCUUCGAGUGGCUUCAGUGCACGCGUUAUCACCCCCCGAAGCUGCCACGAGUGAAGCGCCGCGAAGGAGGGCAGAAGAGGAAGCUUGGACGCAAUCCCCGCGUUCCCCUUCUCCUCAACACAGCUGGCCGCUCUUGAGACCCCGCUUCAGACAGUCCCAAUACCUCUCCUCCUGCGACGUGGCUGACCUCUCCGCUCUCCUUAACCUGACGGAGACCAGGGUAAAGAUUUGGUUCCAGAAUCGGAGGGCACGUGAAAGGCGAGAUCGUGAGGCCAGGGCGAAGGGCCUCUUACCCCCCGCUUCCACCUCCUCCUCCUCCUCCUCGCCCUCGCCCUCGUCGUCAACCUCGUCCUCGUCGCCGUGCACAGGCGGGCCGGUGCCACCUUCCGCACUGGCACUCUACCAGUUCACUGCCGCUCUAGGCCCCGGCUCCGUCUCCGCCUUCACGCCUGUCAUGCCCCGCCCAUUGGGAGAAGCUCCGCCCCUGCCCCUCCCAGUCCCCGCCCCUGAGCCGCCUGGCCUGGAAGAGGGACUCGGUGACCCCCCACUCACGCCCCGCCGCCUCCAGGACCUCGAGUCGCCCCCAUCGGACGCUGGCGGGGCGGCCUUCCUCGGCGAUGGGGCAGCGGGGUCGCCCCAGCCUCGCCUCCUCUCAGACCUCCUGCCUUCCGCUCGCAGUGAAGGCGUCUCCCCUUCCGGCCUGACGCGCCCCUGCCAGGCUGCAUCACACUUCCUCCCCUCGCAACAGCUGUCUCACACCGUGGCCUCCCCUAUCUCCCCCUGAGGCUCCCCUCUCUCCAGAUACAGGCCCUACAGUCCCCUGGGUGCAUGAUCCUCGUGUUCCUCCGCCGCACAGUCCCGUCGAUGCUUCCUCGCCCCGCCGGUGCCUGGGAUGGACGCCACAAUCCUGUCAGGUGUGCCAGUGGGGCCGCGGUCCCUGUUGAACGACACGUCUCACAAUAAACCAUUGGAAACA